AUGUUAACAUUUAGCGGAAGCAACAUCAUAAGAAAUAUUGGACGCCUGUUCAAAUUGGUCCGUCUAUUUUCGCAAGUUCCAGACAUUGCGUUUGUACUCGAUAUCGAUGGGGUUCUACUUCGCGGUUCUAAGGCAUUACCAACUGCAAAACCAGCCCUAGAUUUGUUGAAUAAAUGUAAUGUGCCAUACAUUUUAAUGACAAACGGGGGAGGAGUUACAGAAAGUGAUAGGGUUAAAUUUUUGUCGAAAAAAAUCGAUGUUCCUAUUUCACCAUUACAGAUUGUUCAGAGCCAUACUCCGAUGAAGGUAUUCGCCAAUAAUGACCGAAAUGAUAGAAUGUUGGUAGUGGGGGGAAAUGGGGAUAACAGUAGGAAAUGUGCAAUGGAAUAUGGGUUUACGGAUGUCGUUAUGCCUAUCGACAUUGUCAAAGCGGAACCAUCGAUCUCACCGUUCCAUAAUUACACACCUAGAGAUUUUGCCGAUCAUGCGCUAGAUAUGAAUCAAAUUAAGUUGGACAAGGCAAUAGAAAAAAUAUUAGUUUUUAAUGAUUCCCGAGACUUGAGCAGUGAUUGUCAGAUAAUUCUAGAUCUAUUAAACUCGAAAGAUGGGAUCAUUGGAACAUCGAGAAACGGCAAUAAAAUAAACGAUUUACAAGUUCCAUCAGUUCCGAUAGUCUUCAGUAACAGUGAUUUUAUAUGGGCCAAUGAUUACAAACUUCCAAGGUUUGGACAAGGCGCUUUGUGCACAAUGAUCGAAAGCUUGUACAAGGAGACAAACAACCUUAAAGGUAAUGAGGAGUUGCUAUCAAAGAAGCUUGGAAAACCAUUUAAAGUUCAGUAUGAUUUUGCCCAUCACGUGUUGAUUGACUGGAGAAACAAAAUACUACAAAAGAAAACGAAUGAAUUAGAGCAGGUUCUACCAAGUUUGAAUGAAGAGCCGAAAAAUUCUCCAUUCAAGAAGAUCUAUAUGGUUGGUGAUAAUCCUGCGUCAGAUAUUAAAGGGGCAAACGAUCACGGCUGGGAGUCUUUAUUGUUAAGGACAGGUGUCUAUAAAGACGACGAUUGGAACUCAAUAGUUGCUAAACCAACCUGCGGCGUACACGACAAUAUAUUAGAAUCUGUUAAAUAUGCAUUGCACGAAAACAAAAUCAUAUAG